AUGUCGAGUAUAAUAACAAAAAGAAUAUUGGCCCAUUCAUUAAGACCCUCAAGAGCAGUGAUACCGAACAGAUCGAGGGUGUUAAGGUAUUCCACUUCAAAUUUUUCGAAACCCUCAACCUCUAACAUAACUGAUCAGAAAGCUGAAGAGAAGAACAAAAAUGAAACAUUAAAGAAGGAUGAUGGCCAACCCGAAGAAAAAGAGCUAAGCGAGGAAGAAAAGAAAGCACAAGCUGCUCAAUUAGCAUUACAAUCCAUUAAGGAUAUCGGUACUAUGUUUUCGUCAGCACCCGAUGAAGCAACACAACCAAUUGAUACUAAGCCAAUCUUUGAAGAUCCAUCAUUAUUUGGUACAUUAAGCUUAUUGCACCAAGGUCAGGUGCUCAAGGAGUUACAAGAAAAGUUCGAUAAGAAGUGGCAUAAGCUUACUGUACAAGAUAAAAAGCUAGGUUACUAUAUUGCGUACGGGAAUUGGGGAGUAAGAGAGGAUUUUAGAAACUGGCAAACUAAUGAACCACCUUAUGAUUUACCAUUCCAUUUACCACUGAAAAUUAAAACCAGCAAUCCAAGCGCCAAAACAAUCAUAAAAAAACUAGAACCAGUUAUAUUGGCUGAAACUCCAGUAAGAGAAAAACAGUUUGAUAUGAAGAAAAUGGAUGGAAUCACUAAAUUUUUCAUUUAUUUAACAGUCUUCAUUAGUAUUCUUGCAAUUGCUAGAGAUAAAAACACUGGUGAAUCUGGGAAACCAGUCGAGACUAUUAUUGAAGAUCCUUAUGAAAAGGAAAGACAAUUAAGGCAAGAAAGAGAAAAAGAAGCCGAAGAAGCAUUAAAGAAAGAAGCCGAAGCUAAACAAAAACGUAAAUGGUAUUAUUUAUGGUUAAAAUAA